AUGGCCUGGAGGAACCACAGCGCCAUCACGGAGUUCAUGCUCACUGGGCUCUCUGACGACCCCCAGACUGAGGCUCUGCUUUUCGUGCUGUUCCUGGGGAUUUAUCUCCUCACCAUGACGGAGAAUUUGAUGAUGCUGCUGGUGAUCAGGGCUGACUGCCACCUCCACACUCCCAUGUACUUCUUCUUAAGCAACCUGUCGUUCCUGGACCUCUGCUUCUCCUCGGUCACGGUGCCGAAGCUGCUGAAGGACCUCUUGUCUGAGAAGAAAACCAUCUCCGUCCAGGGCUGCCUGACUCAGGUCUUCUUUGUGUUCAUCACCGCAGGGACUGAAGCCUUUCUUCUUUCAAUGAUGGCCUACGACCGCUAUGCUGCUGUCUGCCACCCGCUGCUCUAUGGCCAGAUAAUGAGCAAUGAGCUCUGUCUGAAGCUGGUUCUGCUCUCUUGGGGCCUGGCCUCUCUAAGUUCAGUAGUCAUUGUACUGUUGGCCAUUAACUUGGACUUCUGUGAGACCCAAACCAUCCACCACUACACCUGUGAGCUGCCCUCUCUCUUCCCUCUGUCUUGCUCUGACAUCGCCAUCAGCGUAGACAUCUUGAUCUGCUCCAUCUUGCUGCAUGGGCUCGGAACCUUUCUCCCCAUCUUCUUCUCUUACGCCCGCAUUGUAUCCACUAUCCUGAGCAUGAGCUCCACCACAGGGAGAAGCAAGGCCUUCAACACCUGCUCUUCUCACCUCAUUGCUGUGGUCCUGUUUUUCGGGUCAGGUUUGGUUCGCUAUCUUAUGCCCACCUCUGGCUCCUCUCUAGAUCUGCUCUCCUCCUUGCAGUACAGUGCGGUCACCCCCAUGCUGAAUCCCCUCAUCUACAGUCUGAAGAACCAGGAGGUGAAGGCAGCCGCGAAAAGGACAUUGGGGAGGUAUCUGCAUUAUUUGGGAUAA